ACCCGUUUUUUCGACGUUUGAAAGUGGUGAUAUCAACGAACUUAUGAAAAAUAAACUAGGAGUCGAUUUUGUGACGAGUGAGAAGUUCGUCGGUGAUCUGCCGGUGAACACGGUCCAGCAGCGCGGGCAGAAGAUCAGUUCGCGUCGCGAAUCCGUCACGCCGAAGAUCGUGGUGUGCCCACCAGUGGAAGAGAUGCCUGAACCAGUGUCGCAGCCUCGCGGCGGGCGUCUGCUGAAGGCCCUCAGCCGGCGGCUCUCCCGGCGCGGCACCGACGCCGACUCCCUCGGCAGUUCGAGCAGCAGCGACAGCGUUUCCUGCGAGCAAGGACGAAGUGACGACCGAUCAUCAUGCUCAGCUAGUGACUCCGGCAGCGACGGCUCCGAAAGGCAACGCCGCCAUCGGUCAACGGUCUCCCUGCGCCGCGUGUUCCAGAGCCUAAACUUAACAUCGCGUUCGCAAUCCUGCUCACCGUCGGAGCGCCAGCGCCAGCCGAAGAAGCAGCAGCAGCCGAAGCGCAUCCUGCGGCCCCCCGUCACCUACACCUACGUCCGCGGCCUCUCCGGCCUGCCGACGCAGAGAGUACCACGACACACAGUCUGCUGCUCCUCGAUGGGCUUAAACCGAUAAAGUGAUCCUGAAACGUAUCCUUCGGAACGAUCAAGGGCGGAGUUCAAGACUGGUUAAGAAUUACGAGUAGUCUAAAAAGCGCUAGCGAGAGGAGUAAAGUUCUCAUCAUAUCAUUAGUAGGUGGCACCUGGGCGUCAAGCCGAUGUAACGCUGUCUUCAUCAAGGACCAAGAUUGAGAUGAUGCUGGGACCGUCGUGCUGUUGGCGCAAUCUUCGCAGCGCUACAUGCGAGCUGUGAAUCGAUUAAGUUGUAUUUAAGGGACAAUAUUAAAGACUGUGUAAAUCGUUACGGGGUCGAGUCUCUUGUCAGUAUUAGUAAAUUAGUAUAACACUUAUUAAGUCAUAAUUAUCAUGAGAUAAUUCAUGAUUAUCUCAAUCGAGUUGCACCCUAGUACACAAAUCUUUGUUCUUUUCAAAUAUUUUUCUAGAUGUUUGUAUCGAAGUUUCGAUCGUGCAUGAUAUUUUAACACAAUUUAAUAAAUUAAUCUUCUUGCAUUAUGUAGAUAAACGAAUUUGUACUGGAUUGAUCAGAAUCUCGAUGUAACAUAACGUAUAAUUAAUUGUAUUUUCUUUCUGUUAUUCAAGUAUAGUGCCUUUCCAAAUUUUAAAACUAAGUAGUUCUAGUUAUAUGUAUACUAUUAACUUUAAGAGUCGUGUACCUUGACACAAUCACUAUAAAAGCUGUGCUGUAAGGAAUUUAUGUGUUUUACAC